AUGUCAACCGCAUCAGCUCCCGUCUCGUCGGCGGCUGGAUCCCUCGCCAGUCCAAGAGCUCAAGAUGUUCCUCGGACCUUCGUUGGUGGCCAGAUCCACAUCUAUUAUACGCGGCGUAACGACCACACAGCAACCCCUGAGCAUGUCGAUAGAGUCCAGGUGAUGACUGCUAGUUUCGAGACCAUGCAGCGACCGAUCUCACUCGCACAAGCCGAGGAGCUUGCGCAGGAACUUGAACAGUUGUGCCCGGAGUACGGUGAUCCCAGAGACUCAAUCAUGGUUGCAGGAGGGCAGGGAACGCACCGAGCUACAUCACAUCUAUUAAGCCUUCCAGAGGAUGUCGUACUAGCCUUCCAAGAAGCGAUCCUGGCUGUAGCUGGGCACCCAUACGAAUUCCGAUUCCACCUAACAGGCGGGUGUGUUGAUGUGUAUCGCGCCGGCGACGACGACGGUUUUCAUGGCGACUUCGAGCCCACCUACAAUAACGAGGAGUACGACGAGAGCGACUUCGACUCGGAAGAUGAAGCUUACAACGAAGUCACCUACCGUAAUCUCGUUGCCUCUGCAGCGGAAGACAUGCGCCGCUACCUCAAUGUCUAUGAGUCGGAGGACCUACGGAUCCAACGCGAGGAGGCCGAGGAAGACGAGGCGAGGAUCGAUGAGAUGGAGGGCUGGACCACAAUGCACUUGACUUCUGCUGGCCAGGAAUCGCUCGAGGAGCACUUGGGUCACCCCACUGCGUAUCGUGCGCUUGUGAGAAUCAGACGCGGAUUUAGGGAAGCGCGGGAGCCGAUUGGUUUAGCAAGACAGUUAAGGUAUGUGCAUUUGGGUUCUGAUUCGGAGUAG